AUGUCUGACGAUGAACUACCCGUGUAUAUAAUUCCUGAAUUCGCGUCAUCGUCGUCAUCGUCAUCGUCUUCUAGCAGCUUCGAGUUUUUGGCGUCUGUUGCUCUUGCAACCUUAGAAGAAGACACUACAUCUUCUUCUAGAUAUCGUAUGUCGAGGAGGUUGUUUUUGAAAAUCGUGGAAGAUAUCACUGCAACAUUUCCAUGGUUUCGGUCUUCGGCGAAUGCGACGGGUAUUAGAGGGUUCUCGGAGAUUCAAAAGUGCACGUGCGCGCUACGGCAACUCGCGUACGGCAACCUCGCCGACAACUAUGAUGAGGGGUUGUCGUUCUCUACUAGAACGGCUCGUGAGUGUCUAGACAACUUUUGCAUUGCCAUAAAGUAUCUUUAUGGUGAAGAGUAUUUGCGUUCUCCGACUAGCCACGAUGUUGCGCGUUUAUAUCAGGCGCAUGAAGCCCGGCAUCAUUUUCCUGGCAUGAUCGGUAGCAUCGACUGUACCCACUGGAGUUGGAGAAAUUGUCCAUCAAGUUUGCGUGGGCAAUACCACCGGGGUGAUCAUGAACACCCGACUAUCAUACUUGAGGCCGUUGCUUCCUAUGAUUUAUGGUUUUGGCAUGCGUAUUUUGGUGUUGCGGGCUCAAACAAUGACAACAACGUUUUGAAGCAAUCAUCAUUGUUUAUCCUCGAAGUGAAUGGGAAGUCUCCUGAGUACGGCUUUACCGUAAACGGGCACCGUUACGAUAGAGGAUACUAUCUAGGGGAUGGUAUUUACCAACCAUGGUCUUGUUUUCUGAAGGCGUAUGCAUACCCAGUCGCGAGAAAGGAGAAGAUAUUGAAGAAACUCCAAGAGUCUGCGAGAAAAGACGUUGAGCGAGCAUUCGGGCUUCUGAAGAACAAGUGGGCUAUCAUCGAACGACCGGCACGGAUGAGGGACAAAGAAAAUAUCGCCAACGCGAUGUAUGCGUGUGUUAUUUUACAUAACAUGAUACUCAAGGACGACGGCAACGCGAUAUCAUGGUGUACAUCAGGGAUCAUCCUAACGAUAUUCGUGCUACCGACCCUAAUUUUCUCCAUCGCUUACGUAACGAAGAGACGCAUUACAUGUUACGUCGUGAUAUUACGGAGGUAG